UGGUGUCUGGGCGGCGGGAUUCUGGUGGCGAGAUCGGCUGCUGACGAUGUGUGCUCCACAUUCACUCAGGCCGCGUUAUGCUCUAUGGGAGCUAGAGGGGCUGGAGAGAGAAGGGCUGAAGGUCGAAUCAUGGUCACGCUUGGGACGAUGAUGAUAUGAAAGGUCCCUUGCUUUCUCCCAGACCACCACCUUAAACUCUUGAUCCUGCUUCUGGCUCCAGACAUGCCCGUUCGUCCUCUGCCUACACCUGAUGGUGAAAAUGCGCCGCUUCUUGAAAGCUCCGAACCCCCAUCAUCCUCGCCCGAGGAGAGCCGGUUAGGGGAUAUACGCGCUGCGGAAUCCGCUAUGGCGACCAUCCGCGAGCAAGAGCGACGUCAGAUUGAAUUGGACGAGAUGUUCUUACUCAUAUUAUUCACCCUCCUCCUGAUGGGAAUCGUCGUAUGUUCCGCCGCCACCGUCAACAUCGUCGGCCAUGCCAUCCUUCAAGCAUUCCAAAGCCAUUUCCUAGCAGACGUCCCUCUUCUCUGGUCAUUCAAAAUUGGCCUAGUCGGGAAUGCGGUGUUGAUUGUAGGCACGGGUCUUCUGUUCCUGCUUGUCCAACUGUGCUGUCCCGUUCUCCUAGUACUCUUUCCGGAUCGGCUUUUAACCUUGGCGUUCUCCACGACAGCUGCUGUCAUUGGGACAGCCAUUUUGGGCCCGACCGAGUUGCUGAGAGGUGCUGCCGUUGCGGGCGCGAUUGGUGAAACUAUCGCAUUGGCAUUUGCCAAUGCCCUUUCUGUUCUCUUCGGUCCGCCAUUGGGACUGCCAUUUUGGACCUGACCGAAUUGCUGGGAGGUGCUGUGGUUGCAUGUUAUUGUCGGUGGUGCGUAGACAUUUUAUAUUGGUUCGUAUUCUAAGAAGUUUGAGGUUGAUAUGAAGUAAAUAUAGACCUUCAUUUCUGAGUUACAUAAUUUCUGGACCUGUAUCUACAUGACUCGAAUGCCAGUCGUCGAUCCCAAAGCCCUAUGUACAUUCCAA